UCGUGUUCCAUUCUCAUUCCAUCAGCUUCCUAUCCGUAUGGUGGCCGGCUGAACCGGUUGCUCACUUCCCUUUUAUCUCCACCGUCGACUCUCUGAUUCCAUUUUCAUCUCCACUUUCCCACAGCAAAGAGAAGAAUCAGUGUAUCAUCAGCACACCCUCUUUCUUGCUGUAAUUCCUUCAAAUUUCUUCCCGCCGGCCAUGAUUUCCCCUUUCGCCCAUUUCUUCUUCCUCCAUUUUUCAAUCGCCGCCGCCGCCGGAGCUUCAGCCAGAGCCCUUAUUGGAGCUAACCACACCUCCUCCCGAUUCUGCUCACGCUAAACCUUCAAUUUCAUUCCGACUUCCUUAUCUUCUCCAAUCCUUUUGUUUUCAUGUUCUGUUUAUUCUGUACAGGAAGAGAUUAAAGCAGAUUUAUGGGAUCAAUGUCCGGGAACUUCGCCUCUCUUAGGUUCCUUCUGGUUCGAGUGCUUCUGUUCUCUAUUCUUGUGAUUCUUGGUCGAUUCGCCUAUGUUGUGACCAUUGCAGGAGAAUCCUGUAGCAUCGGUGACUUCUGUUUCUUCUCUUUGCCGGAAAAUUUCAAUUUCAUGAUCGCUGGCGGCGGCCGAACCGGAAGUUCCGCUUUGUUAACGGACAACGCAGAUCCUCUCGUCAUUGGAUCUUCUCGUGCGGAUCUGUAUACGAGUGAAGAUUGGAUCAAGACCGUCCAGUUUUACUCCUCCGUUUUCCAAGAUCUGAUUACCGAGGGCUACGUAUCGGCAAAUUCGAAAUCCUUGUGCAUUGAUACCCUAACAGGAGCGGACGUGUCGGCGUUAAAGGAGAUCGGGGUUUCGGACUCGAUCGGGAUUUUCAAGAAGGCGUUGAAGCCUCUUGUGAUUAAGGGCGAGGCUCAUCGGAUUCCGUUCGAGGAUAAGACCUUCGACUUAGUGUUCUCCGGCGGUGGCCGAUUGGAUAUUUCGCGUCGGGCGUAUGAUUUUGCUUCGGAGAUUGCUCGGAUACUGAAACCCGAAGGGUUUGCGGUGGUCCAUGUGAGUUCUAAAGAUACGUAUAGUUUCAAUUCAUUCGUUGAUUUAUUCAAUUGCUGCAAGAUAGUUAGAUCAAAAGAUAUAGAUGUUCUUCUUCCAUCAAUGCCUUUAAUUCGUGAAUAUGUAUUGAAAAAAGAGAACAAGAUUCUUGAAAAGGGAUUAGUGGAUGCAGAUUCUUACAAGAGGAAUUGCUCUGUUCCUGGGUUUAAGCUAUCUCUGGUUCGAAAUGCUGAGCCUCUGAUUCUAGAGGAGCCAUUGAAGCCAUGGUUAACCUUAAAGAGAAAUAUACAGAACAUUAAGUAUUUGCCUUCCAUGGCUGAAAUAAGCUUCAAACAUAGGUAUGUCUAUGUGGAUGUUGGAGCUAGAAGCUAUGGCUCCAGUAUUGGGAGUUGGUUCAAGAAGCAAUAUCCAAAGCAGAACAAAACCUUUGAAGUUUAUGCCAUUGAAGCUGAUCAAACAUUUCAUGAACAGUAUAGUUCAAAGAAAGGGGUGACAUUGUUGCCUUAUGCUGCUUGGGUAAGGAAUGAGACAUUAUCCUUUGAGAUCAACAAAGACCCAGGUAAGGAAAAGGAAGAGAAGGGGACCAGAGGUAUGGGCAGGAUUCAACCCGUCCGAUCUUUGGGUCGUUUUGAUGGAGAGGUUAAUCAGAUUCAAGGGUUUGAUUUCGCCAACUGGUUGAAGAACACAGUAUCAGAUAAGGAUUUCGUGGUGUUGAAGAUGGACGUGGAAGGAACCGAGUUCGAAUUGAUUCCAAAACUCUUCGAGACGGGAGCGAUCUGUUUGAUAGAUGAGAUGUUUCUUGAGUGCCAUUACAAUAGAUGGCAGAGGUGUUGCCCAGGGCAAAGGAGUACAAAGUAUGAGAAAACAUAUUCUCAAUGCAUAGAGUUGGUUUCUUCUCUCAGACAAAGUGGAGUUCUGGUUCAUCAAUGGUGGUAACAACAAACACAAUACAUUCUUUCUUUUUGAAUAACAUUCUUUUGAAACCAUAUCUCAUUAACAUGAUUAUUUCCUAGAAUCACAUUGUUUAAGCUCUGCAAAUCUAAAAGUUGUGCUGAUUUUACGCAUCUCCCUGUUGGUGUAUAAACAUUCUGUGUGUUCUAUGAAACUGAAAAUCACGUCUUCUUCUUCUUCUUCAGCUGUAGCCAUUGAAAUGGAGCUUGUUUGAAACAGGAUACGUUUCAUAGAUUAUAGAAUUGUUUUAAUUUUGAGUUGGAAAGUCUGGCUGAGUCUGAAUGCUUGGAUUAGUCCAAUUCCAGCCAGGAAUGAUGAUAUCUCAAGUGCUUGGCCUGCA